AUUGAUGUGCACAGUGGUAACCAUAGGCAUAAUCGGCUGGCAGCACUCAAAGACACGUCACUCUCACCUCCUUCCAAAUUGGAGCGGUCACAAUAACAGAAGUCCUCACAGUGUUAAGCAAGGAAAAGAAAAUCACUGGAAAAACAACCUCGACUUUCAUCCUUUCGAAAACUCCUGCAAAUUUGCUAUUCCCAGAGUCUACGCACCAGAUUUCAUGCGUACAAAAGCAGAACGCUUGCGGCAGCUGCAGUGCCCAUAUGAAGAUGUUGAUCUUGCGACUAUGGACAGCGAGGGAUACAUGUACGUUCAUCCGCAUUACGGCAACUACCCAAAAUAUCUCGUAGACGUGAAAUGCAAGGUUGUAUUUCUGGAAGGAGGACUAAGGAACAACAGCACAAGGAGUGGGAAAAAUUAUUUGAAUGAGGUUGCCGAAGUAGAGGCACCUGAAAAUGUGAGAUUUUUCGUCAAUGGAGAUGCUUUUUACAUUCGCUGCUUCAGCAACGGCACGAAAAUAUAUGAGCAGGUCUUUCCUGGUAUAAGAGACUUAGAUAAGCAGCCUAAGCAGAUAUAUCUAGCUAGAGACAUGAAGUCAUUCGAUGAUUUUGGCAUAAAACGUUACGCAGAACCGAAGAAAAAGUUUGAUUUGCGUUAUUCUAUUGAUGUACUUUGUCUCGAGUCAACCUCAAGAACGAUGUUUAUGCGUCACUUACCUCGAACUAUGGAGACUAUGAACAAACUAGGAUAUGAGCUUUUUUAUGGCUACAACAAGAUUGGAGACAAUUCGGAAGUCAAUCUUGUGCCUAUCCUUGUUGGUGAUAUUCCAGAAGCUCUUGCAGAACCAAAAUUAGAUAAAUUUGGAGAUAUAAAUAUUGACUGGGUUCUACCAUCACAACGUAAACUAGACCCAGACAAUCUACCGUUCCUUUGGAAGAUGAUGAAGAAAGAAUUUGGAUGCCGCUCAAUGCUCAAUGAGGAUAUCGGAAGAUUAGAUCUUGGCUUAUUUUGGUAUCCAUCAGAACAAUUUAUCCCUGGUUUUACCUCACCUCCUGCAGAUCAUUUUUAUCGUGCUUACUACAUUGCUGUAUACAAAAAAUGGCAUUAUAGCCAAUGUAAAGAUGGUGGUCAGGUUCAGCGACGUUAUGUAGAUUUGUGGCGUCGUUUCGCCAAUAAAUAUAAAGAUGUUUGCCAUAUGGGAUUCACAUUUAUGACAACGCUUUCUCAUGAAGACGGCUUCAUCCUUGAAGUUUUAGAUGAGCAAAUAUCGUCAAGUCUGGAGAAUCUUUACUUUACAGGAGCGCUAGAUAACGGAGUCAGUAUCAUUAUGGGCGAUCAUGGUAAUCGACUUGGAAAGCAGAUGUGGUCGUACAGUGGUAGAAUUGAGGAACGUAUGCCCUUAAUGGCCAUUCGUUUACCACCUGAUUUCAAGAAAUUACACCCACAAGAAUACCUCAAUUUCAUGAAAAACAAAUGGAAAUUAACGAGCAACUUCGACAUUCACCAAACUCUCAAAGAUAUCGUACUGAUGAGCUUUGGGAAUGCGAGGAGAUCCAUGGCGCAAGAUUACGGCCGUGGAUUGAGCCUUUUUGAAGAAAUACCAGCUACAAGAAGUUGCUUCGAUGCGUACAUUCCUGAGAACUUUUGCACGUGCUUAGUAGAUCGCUCAAACCUAUCAAACGCAACCGUCGAAGCCACAAAGCAACAGGGUAUUCUAUUAAGCAUAAAUACCUUCCUCAUGGAUAAUGACAGACUAGGUGGCUGCUUCGAUCGCGCGAAUACGACGAUAAUUGGCAAUAUUACUGUACUUGGUUUGAAUCCCUUAGCAAGAUAUGGCCUUCGCAAAAAAGAUAAUGCCUCAGUUGUGGAGGAUGCAAGGACAAAACGUAUGGGAAUGAAUUUUCUCUACCAUGAAGUCAGAGUGUUGGCGGCAUUAGCUCGCAAUCGAGGAAACAUUCGUCUUUGGUUUCGCAUGGAAGAACAAGUCAGAGAGAGGCGCUUCACAGUGGUGCUAGAACCACUUGUUGAGGAUGCUCCUGCAGAUUGUUAUGCCAAAUCGAUAUUUAGUGUAUGCAAAUGCCUCCUUUUUCCUUCGAAAACUGUGGAUAAGCAUAUAAAACUGUAA